CCUACUCUUGGCUCCCCAUUUGACACUGAGAGUCCAUUGCCAGGACAUCUGGCCGAUGCGAACAAAUCGACUUCAAGUUUUAAAAGUCCUGAACAAAAAAAUGACAGAACUUUACAAUUAGGUGGUCCUAAAAACGAUUCUAAUGGUGUGGUGCAAUACAAUGCUGAAGAUGAUGAAGAUGUUAAGCAAGAAGAGAUAUCAUUAAUAAAUGUUUCUGAGUUACUUAAUGAUUUUGACUGGAAAGGGAGUGGUAACGCUGCUGCUUUAGAAGAGAGGUUAUUGAAUGAACUUGCUGCAUUGGAAGCUGCCAAUAUUCAUGCCAUGGUGGAAUCGGAUGAUAGGGUUAACUCGGUUAUUGAACAAAUUGACAAAGCAAUUAAUGAGUUGGAUAAUAUGGAUCAAUGGCUUUCUUUAUAUACUGCCGAAUUAAACUCUAUGGGAGAUGAGGAUAUACAUCACAUUGAAUCUCAAAACCGAGGUCUACAAGUUCAAACGGCUAAUCAAAAAGCCUUGCUAUCUGAACUUGAUCGACUUAUACAAACCAUCAGUAUUCCUGACCAUGUGAUUAAAAUCCUCCGUCAAGAAUCGAUGGACACUCCUCAAGGUGUUCAGAACAUUGAGCAAGCAGCUGAGCAAUUAAAACUUGCAAUAGAAACACCGUUUGAUAAAUCUUUACAAGAGAUGAAAGCUAUACAAGAAAAAAUAGAAUCAUAUAAAUAUCAUGCUAAAGGUUUCUGUUCCCGGUUUUGUGAAUAUAUGCGUAUGAUGUUCCAAUACCAA